AUGCCUCUCCAGGCGCUGCGAUCUGUAGCGAAACCUCAGAAUGGCGUUGGCGCCUUCAUUCUCCAAUGCAAGCGCCUCGACUUUCACUACUGCGACUGGGCCGGCAGCAGUAAAGGCAUGAACACUUUCCUCAAGUCGCAACUGCAAACCUUCGCGAAAGAGAACCCGAGCAUCGAAGUCACAGUCUCCCCUCGACCCGGCAAGCACCCCGUCAUCAAGGGCCACUACAUCAAUGGCCGCAUAAAGCCUGUAUGCGUCCGUAAUAUGACCCCAAACGAGAUCAUGAAGAAGGCAGAACUGCUUAAGGAGGCCAACGGCGAGAAGCUGAAGAGAGUGACGAAGCCGGUCAAGAGCUUGAACGAGAGUGUCAGAGGCAUAUGGAGUCCGUUCCAUGCGAAAGAGCAGUUCAGGGUAUAG